ACACAUGGCAUUUGAGGAGGUUCUCUGUGAGCAGCAGCUCUGUAUUCAGCAGAGGAGCUUCAGUCUGGACCAAACGGACCCAGAGCCUCCACAGAUUAAAGAGGAACAGGAGGAACUCUGCACCAGCCAGGAGGGAGAGCAGCUUGAGCUGAAGCAGGAGACUGAGAGCUUCAUGUUGACUCCUACUCAUGAGGGUGUUUUUCUUCAUUUGCUCUCUUGCUGAUAAUUGUUUACAGGGUCCUUGUUACUUUUAUCUACCGGCUAAAGUUGUAUUUUUUUAUGUUAAAUGAUUGUCUUUGAAAUAACUCAAACAUCAGUUGACGUAGAGAGGAGAGAAAAAAUAUAUAAAAAAGGCGGAACCAAAAUAACAACUCGUAUCCAACGUCGGAACUUGAGAGUGUGACACCCAGCGGAAGUAAACAACGGAGUUAGCGGGGGAAAGAUGAAACGUUAGUCGUCUUCGCGGAGGUAAAACAACAAUGUCGUCAGUUGAGAACAUGAGAAACUUUGUCCACGAGCGGCUGACUGCUGCUGCGGAAGAAAUCUUCGGAGUUUUUGAAAAAACUAUCUUCGAGUACCAGGAAGAGGUCGACCGUCAGCGCAGACUGCUGGACAUCGUUUGGAAACCUGAAAUAAAGCUACGCAGAACAGAGCUCCCAGAGCAACAUGUCUGUAAGGAUGAGGAGGAGAAGGAAGAGGAGGUUCUCUCUGAGCAGCAGCUCUGUAUUCAGGAGAGGAGCUCCAGUCUGGACCAAGAGGACCCAGCGCCUCCACAGACCAAAAAGGAACAGGAGGAACUCUGCACCAGUCCGGAGGGAAAGCAGCUUGAGCUGAAGCAGGAGAAGGAGACCUUCAUGUUGACUCCUACCCAUGAGGAAACGGACCACAGUGAGCCAGAACCCACAACUGACCACCAGCUCGUAGCUGAGAGCCCAGAUCGUAAAGGAAGUGAGCAUGAAGACUCUGAAUCAACCAGAAAUCCAGAGCCAGAACCAAAGAAAAUAGAUCCCAAAAAUAGAAGUCACUGUGACGAUGAGAACUUGUUCAAGAUUCCCAAUGAUACUCAAAUCGGGAAAGCACUUUUCCAAUGUGAUACUUGUGGAAAAACAUUCAAGUGCAGGUCAGCUUUGUCUACACACCUGAGAACACACACAGGUGAGAAGCCAUUUUCUUGCAAAACAUGUGGGAAGGAUUUUAAAUCCAAUGCUAGCUUGACGGUCCACACAAGGACACACACAGGUGAGAACCUAUUUUCUUGCAAAACAUGUUCGAGGAGUUUUGUAAAAAGUAGUUAUUUGACGGUCCACAUGAGAACACACACAGGUGAGAAGCCAUUUUCUUGCAAAACAUGUGGGAAGCAUUUUAAAUCCAAUGCUAGCUUGACGGUCCACACAAGGACACACACAGGUGAGAACCUAUUUUCUUGCAAAACAUGUUCGAGGAGUUUUGUAAGAAGUAGUUAUUUGACGGUCCACACAAGGACACACACAGGUGAGAAGCCAUUUUCUUGCAAAACAUGUGAAAAAGAUUUCCGACGUAAUUCAGCCUUGUUGGUUCACAUGAGAAGAGCCCACUCUGGGGAGAAGCCGUAACUACGAGACCUGUGGGAAAACAUACUUUGAGGCUACUCCAUUGACGAGGCUUAUAAGAUCAUACAUACAACAAAAUACCACCGUUAUUCUUUGUCAACAUCCACUACAUGUUAAUUGUGAAAACAUAGGUAUUUGCCAUGAGAACAGAACUUUUCGGACACCACCAAACAUGUAAGAGCUGGUCGUUGAUGUUCUAAAGAAACCAAAGACUGUUUUUUUUCCUUUAUAAAUGCAUGACAAUAAAAUGGGUUGUACUGUGUUUUAUUGAGGUGGAUAAUGUCUCAUGUCAUUUGCGAUCAAUGAGUACGAUGAGUCAGCAUGAGACACAUGGCAUUUGAGGAGGUUCUCUGUGAGCAGCAGCUCUGUAUUCAGCAGAGGAGCUUCAGUCUGGACCAAACGGACCCAGAGCCUCCACAGAUUAAAGAGGAACAGGAGGAACUCUGCACCAGCCAGGAGGGAGAGCAGCUUGAGCUGAAGCAGGAGACUGAGAGCUUCAUGUUGACUCCUACUCAUGAGGGUGUUUUUCUUCAUUUGCUCUCUUGCUGAUAAUUGUUUACAGGGUCCUUGUUACUUUUAUCUACCGGCUAAAGUUGUAUUUUUUUAUGUUAAAUGAUUGUCUUUGAAAUAACUCAAACAUCAGUUGACGUAGAGAGGAGAGAAAAAUAUAUUAAAAAGGCGGAACCAAAAUAACAACUCGUAUCCAACGUCGGAACUUGACAGUGUGACACCCAGCGGAAGUAAACAACGGAGUUAGCGGGGGAAAGAUGAGACGUUAGUCGUCUUCGCGGAGGUAAAACAACAAUGUCGUCAGUUGAGAACAUGAGAAACUUUGUCCGCGAGCGGCUGACUGCUGCUGCGGAAGAAAUCUUCGGAGUUUUUGAAAAAACUAUCUUCGAGUACCAGGAAGAGGUCGACCGUCAGCGCAGACUGCUGGACAUCGUUUGGAAACCUGAAAUAAAGCUACGCAGAACAGGUGUGUGAAAUAUAGCUCAUCCUUUUAAUUAUUGCUGCAGUCACGUGGAUUCAUGCAGAUGGUUGACAGCCGAUGAGAACAGGUUGGUACAAUGAGGUGAAGCAGGCAGAGAAUAAAUAACCUACCUUCCACGGUACACUUGCCGUCCAUGGAAUACGAUAUAUUCCUUUCAACUGUUUUAUUUAAUAAUUUCUUGAGAAUAUAACGUUAUACGAAGUAACAUUGUGCGUUCUCUUGAUAUUCUAUUGCACAUUAAGCAACUCUCCAUUGUGAGGGAGAAGAAAAUUGAACAAGUUCAAAUAUUUGAUUCAAGAUUCAAGAUGUUUUAUUUGUCACAUACACACACAGGGUGUGCAGUGAAAUGAAAGUGGCAAUGCUCAGCAGGAAUGUGCAAGGGCAACAAGUACACACUAUUUACAAUAAAAAACAACACAAUAUUUA